AUGUCUGUUGUGCAACAUGCACAAGUCAUUGAUGAUGAAGGGCACGCCGAGGUUGAAUGGAUCACCUGGCAUAUGUGCCCCCAUGUGCGACUCCGCAGUGACGAUGCUCGACAUAUUCGAUUCGAUAUUGAACAACAUGCUUGGCUUCAAGAUCUACAACACCUCUGGCGUGAUCAAUGGAUUCCACAUUUGGCUGCUCGCAUUCUGGUCGUUGAUCCUUUUCCGCCAAAGGCGCCACAUGAGCACCAUGUUGGCCAUCUUUUGAUCGUACAAGGCAACCUUCCUCAGCAUGUGCCAGUCUUGACCACGACAGUGUUUGAGUCCGCACUUGGAAGACGUCUCUCUCACCAAGCGUGUUUUCUUUCGCAGCACUUCGAACCAGCUCAGCUUUUUCAAAUCAUGCGGCUUGAAGCCAUCUGUCAGAUGCGUAGCUGUCGGAUUGCUCUAGCGGGCCAUGAUGUACCUCUUCAAGGUAUCGGACAUGCCGCAGCUGGUGACAAUGUCAAAGUUCAUGUGACACCGAGUGCUACUGCUGGUGCAUCCUUGUUUCAGACAGCCGCCGUGACCAGCAAGCAGGUAUCUUAUCAUCCAGACACCCCUGCUGCAUCCUCUACAUCACCUGAAGUAUGUCAUGAUGCACUUGAAAUGCCUUGGAUCAGCCGGACGGAUGAACGAUUUGUGUUUAAUCCAGCAGCCCCGGCCUUCGAACCUGGGCGAAUCCAUCUGGCAGGGCAAUCUGAAUUUAUACAAGAUCUCUACAGCCAAUGGUACCAACACGCAUUUGCAUGGGAAGGCGAGGUGCCUUCAUGUGUCAUUCUCACAUGGAUGGUCGAUCACACGUGGGAACAGCCUCAUGGAUUUCUUCCACGCCCUGUACGGCUCCACGAUGACUAUGACGCAUGGGAAGAUCACAUCCGUCAGGCUUGGCGAGACCUUCUGCAUCCAGAUGCUCCCUAUGAGAUCUCCCUCGUGCUCCCAAAGCCUCCCACUCAAGACAAUACGAUGGUUGCGCACGUGGUCUUGAUUCAACAUCCACGUGAAGAUUGGGUCACAAGCGUUGUCACAUGUUUUGACAACAGUGUCACUCCUCAAGCAGUGCACCAAGCCGCCAUCACUACGCAUGAACACAUCAUUCUUGAAAACCUGCUUCGUGUUCUCAACUAUUUUCAUGCAUGCAGUGGCACAAACCCAACACACUGGUGCGAAGCAUGGUAUCACGACCUUCCUCUUCGUAUCGGUGUACCCGUUCCUGGUCACCAUGGGUAUGGCAUUGUAAUCCAUGUGAACCGUCGUGAACAUCGUGAACACGAAGAUCGCACUGAUGCCUUGAAUCUUCUUCAGUUGCAAUCUACAGUGCAGAAAAGAUCAUCUUGGGAGCGCCUAACAACUGAUGCGGUGGCUCAGGCUCAGUGGCCCCAAGAUAGAUCCACAUCUCCGAAACCUGUCGGGGAUCCACUUCCCCUUCAGGAACUCAUUCCUGCACCAACCUAUAUUAACAUCGACUUCACCAAGGUGAUUCAUCUGCGGACCAAGCUUCUUUUGUUGGACCUUGGACCUGUUCAACCACGAGCAAGCGUUGUGAAAUGGCACUUGUCCACACAGGAGGCGCUUCAAUGCAUUCCUGACUGGCAAGGUGACAUGCCCUCAGGAUUAUCCUUCUUUACUGAUGGAUCUGCAGCCUGUCUUCAGGAUGACCGACGUGCAUCAGCAGCAGUCGUAUGCAUUGUCCACACUGUUCAUGGUGAUCAAUUUGGCGGUUACCGUUGCUUUGACACAAGUAGUAACGGCUAUGCUCCGCAUGCUGAAGCGGCCGCCAUUUUGACUUCUGUUCUUUGGGCAAUCCAGCUCUGUGAAACAUCAACGAGCUCCUCAACAUGGUCUAUUCAGUUCAACUUUGACUGCAUGUUUGCAGGUAUGACCGCUCAAGGACACUGGUUUGCCAAAGCACAUGAGCAGAUGCAACAUACGACUCGAGCACUGGUCCAAUGGAUGGAAGCUCGAUAUGCAGUCCAGACCCAAUGGGUGCACGUACCAGCUCAUCAAGGACAUCCAUGGAAUGAAGCAGCAGAUGCUGCAGCAUGGGCCGCAGUAUCCGCAUGGAUCCCGCAGAUGGACUUCCAGAUCCUCACUCAAUCUCUCCUUGCAGAACAACCCGCAGUUGCAUGGCUAUGGUUGCUUGACAAGGCCGAGCAAGGUCAUCCUGCCUUUCCCAGCAUCCAGCAAGGUGUGAUGAAGGUGAAUGCCUCUGCAGCAUUACAUCCUGCACCUCAAGCAGAUGAUCAUCCCUAUGUGACCAAGUCCGAACGAUGCCAACUUCCGCUUGAGACUGUCUCCUUUGAGCUGACUUGCGCAACUGCCAACGUUCUGACCCUAUAUCAGAACCGAGCUGAACAUGGUCGAGGUCUCACUGCGAGAAUGGAAGCCUUGGUUCGCGCCUUCGAGAACGAAGGGAUCAUGGUCAUUGGCGUCCAGGAGACUCGAUCUCAAAUGCAAGGGCACAGCAUGUGCCUUGACUAUCAUGUUCUUGCUGCCCCUGCCACUGUACAGGGAGUUGGAGGUGUGCAAUUAUGGGUAAAACGCAAAUGGAAGACCAAGCGUGGAAUCAUCCAGAUCUCUCAUGCCAAUUUGCGCAUUGUUCAUGCCAACCCUCAGUCCAUGGUGGUCAAACUUGCGCACGAUGAGCUUCGGCUGGUUUUUCUGGUAGGCCAUGCCCCAAAUUGUUCAACGUUUGAAACUGCCACAGCCUAUUGGACUCAGUUGAGUCAUGCCAUUCCAACUGCAUUGCGCUCUUGGCCAUUGAUUGGACUUGUAGAUGCCAAUGCUCGUGUAGGUUCUGUUGUCUCAGAGGCUAUUGGCCAUUUUGGACAAGAAACUGAGAACCUCUCUGGCGAAUGUUUCCAUCAGUGGCUACAUGACCAAUCACUGUUUUUGCCACAAACGUUUGAACAUUAUCAUCAUGGUGAGCAUGACACUUGGACUCACAGCACGGGCACCACAGCAAGGAUCGAUUACAUUGUAGUUGAUCAAGCUUUGCGACAAGACGGCAUUCGAACGAGCAUUGCCCCAGUUGACUUGACGCUCCAUCAAGCUGAUCAUUGCAGUGUGCAGGCUUGUAUUCCUAUUCAGUGCCAGAUUGCCAGACAUGAUCGACCCAAAUUACCAACCACUCUGCAAUCAGCUGCGCCGCCGCACCUGAGCUGUGACUCUGAUGUCCACACGCAUGCAGCGGCCCUGCAAAAAUGGAUGCAAGCGUCUCAGCCUCCACGUGACAAAGCACGCUGCCGAAAGCACCAUUUGCAGGAAUCUACGUGGACCAUGAUCAAAGCCAAACGAUUCCAUUGGAACCGUCUGCGCCAACUCAAACGCACCCUUCGACAGAGCAUCCUACACGAACUUUUUCAAACCUGGAAAUGCAAGAAGGUGCAUGAAGAUGUGACGUGCCUUCGACCCUGGCUGCGCCUCACUGACCAAGCCAUUGCUUUACAUAGCUGGCAACAUCAGCGCCUAUGCGCAGCUGUCACUUCGGCAGUUCGACAUGACGAUCAGCACUUCUAUGCUGCCCUUGCCGAUGAACAAGGUGCUGUUGCUGCUGAUGAGGGCUUGACAGGAUUGUGGCGCAAGAUCAAGCACCUCCUCCCAAAAGGUGUUGCCAGAAAGAAAGCCAACAUACGCUGUAUUGGCCCGCAAGUUGAUGACCUCACAGCCCAUUAUUCUCAACUUGAAGCCGGCCGAGAAAUUGCAUAUGAAGACUUGCUUCAGCAAUGUGCUCGCCGCCAAUCUGAUGCACAAACAGAUCUGCCCUUGCAAAUCCAGCUAUCCGACUUGCCGACCCGGGUUGAAGUUGAACAGAUGUGCAAGCUGGCCAAAAAGCGUAAAGCUCCAGGCCUAGAUGGAGUCCAAGCAGAGCAUCUUCAAGCCCUCAUGAGUGCCCAUUCUGAUGUAUUUUUCCAGCUGCUCUUCAAAAUGUGGACUGUUGCAGCAGAACCUAUUCAAUUUAAAGGUGGAUAUAUCUGCUCUAUCGCGAAAAAACAUGGAGCACUUACUGCAUCAGGCAUGAGAGGGAUAAUGCUCCUCGACGUGCUUGGAAAACUUCACCACAGCCUUAUGCGCCGCAAGUUGCUUCCAUGGGCCUCGCAAAACCGCAUGGAAACUCAAUUCGGUGGUUUUAGAGGGCAGCAAACUGUGUUUGCCUCGCUGCUUCUUCGCAGUUAUGCAAAAGUGAUCGAAGCCAAGAAGGUGUCGCUUGCCAUCAUCUUCGUUGAUGUGAAGAAUGCCUUCCACUGCAUGCUGCGACAACACACGUUUGCAACCUCCAUGCACUUGCCGGCCAAACUGCAGCAUAUCCUCGCAGCAGAAGGCUUGAAUCCUGAGCAGAUCACGAACGACAUUGCGCUCCAUGCUCGUGCAUUUGACAAUGCUCCUGCCACCAUUGCUCGGCUCAUUAAGGAUGCGCAUUGUGACACUUGGUUCACAUGCCCAGGAUCCGACAAGUGCUUUGAAACGACACGGGGCUCCCGUCCUGGAUCCCCUAUCGCCGAUUUAGCCUACAACAUCAUGACCAGUGCCCUCAUGAAAGAGCUCCAAGUUGCCUUGCAUCAGAUUCCCCUUAUCCAGCAAGCCAACAGUUUCAUGGAAUGCCUUUCGCCCACCAUUGCAUGGGUUGAUGACAUCGCCUUGCCGUUACCCUGCCUUCAAGCCAAUGAUUUGGAUCCACUGAUCUCUGAUGUUAUGCAGAAAGUGCAUCAGAUUUUCAGAAGUUACGGGCUUCGCCUGAACUGUGCGCCUGGCAAAACUGAAGCCAUUGUGCAAUAUCAGGGUCAUGGUGCCCCUGAACGUCGACAGGCUCGAGUUCUUGAUGAGUUCAGUCGAUUAGACGUUCCCGGACAUGAUCCUUUGCAUGUUGUCACGCAGUACACCCACCUGGGGAUUGUCGUUGCGCAGACGUGUGACUUGCGUCAAGACUUGAAGGUGAAGAUUGGCAAGGCAUGUGCAGCAUACCGAAGCAUGAGCAAAAGCAUCUUUCUGAACAGACGCCUCACCAUACCGCUUCGACUGAAGCUUCUUGAUGCCUUGGUGAUGCCCAUUGUCUUUUACGGCAGUGGCAGUUGGCCGUUACUGAAUGCUCGGCAGUUUCAACAUCUGUCAUCAGUCAUCACGAAAUGGCAAAGGCAGAUUGCAGGAGAUGGUUUUUGGAAAACUACUACCAUCACAGAUGCAGAAUUCCGUGCUCGAUGGCGCAUUCCUCCACUCGCUGUUCGUUUGGCCAAGCACCGGCUGCUCUUUUUGCUUCAGUUGCACCACCAUGGACCUCGCAUUGUUUGGGAUGUCAUCACAGCGGAGGAUUUUCUUUGUCGUUCCACUUGGUUUGAUGCACUGCGGCAUGCUUUUCAAUGGUUGAGCACCAUGAUUCCAGAUUUUCCUGUGCAGGAAUGGACAUGUGAGGAAAUUUUGCAAUGGACGCAUGAUGCACAUGCAAAGAUGCCCAAUACCAUCAGGCGUGCAGUGGCGCGCUACCUCACGCAAGAGCAGACAAUUCACCAUGUUGCGUCUAUGCACAGAGACAUCAAACAGAUCUGCCAAGAGCAUGGAGUUUGUUUCGAUGACCCACCAGCAGCAACCAAUGAUGGUUUGCUGCAUGAUGUUUUUGCCUGUCCCACUUGUUCGAAGCGAUUCUCCACCAUUCAGGGCUUGACAGCUCACCGCUGGAAGCAGCAUGGACACAUUUCUGAGGAGCGCAGAUUUGUAUACAAUGGAGUUUGCGAAGGAUGCCGCAAAUGCUUCUGGACCGCCCAACGCCUCCAACAGCAUCUUCGCUAUUCCAAAAGGAAACCCAAUGGGUGCUUUUGGUGGGUGUCUCAGCAUUUGGAUCCGCUUGACCAACCGGCGCCAGUUGCUAUGCCCGACAUUUUUCGUGGCCAACACCGCCUCCCUUGUGUUGCUGCAGCAGGGCCUGACCCCCAGACAGUUUCUACACGUUGGAGUCGAGUACAUCAACAUGAUUGGGAAGUUUGGCAAGCUGAAUGGCGCAAGCAGGGAUUUCCGGAUGAACUAUCCAGCAGUCUUUGUGAUGCAGUUCAUGACGCUCUCUCUGCAGCUACACUGAAAUGGUGCUCGGAUCCUACGUGUGAUCUCACAUGGAUGUGGUGCGAGAUUGUGGAGGAGUACAGUCAAGACGCUGCUCUACAUCCUCAAGCUAUUUGGGCCUUUGCUUUGUGGGGACGAGUCUCUAUGUAUGAUGUCAUUGACCAGAUUGAGGAUGUGGAUCACAAGCUCCAUGUGGAAGAGCAGUAUCUGCAUUUGGUUUACGAAAUGCCCGUCGCUGGCUUGUUGGACCGACUGGAGCGUUUGCACCGUGCUGCGCCUCCCGCUCCAUCCACCUCGCCAGAACCGCCUUCAGCCUGUGAUUAUCGACAACCACAACCUGCUGAGCCUUUUCCUAAUGCCUAUGACCACAGUGCUCACUUGCUAGGAUAUGAAGUCAUGAUGCUCUCCAUCGAUACCGCAGUCGGUGGUACGCUAUGUGACCUUCUGUCUGGCCCCGGUUUGGACUCCCUUAUGCGCAUUGUGCGGUGUGGUCUUAUCACAGGAUCGCUCUCUGGACCACCGUGUGAGACAUGGAGUGCUGCGAGGCACUUGCCUCCACCACCACAAAUUGUGGCACGCUGGCCUCGACCAUUGCGGUCGUCGGAACGUGCAUGGGGAUUGGAUUUCCUCACGCACCGAGAAUUGCACCAGCUGGCAACAGGCAGUGCACUAAUGCUCUCCAACCUCAAGAUCGAGCUCAUAGUGGUGCUCAAUGGUGGAGCUGCACUUCUUGAGCAUCCUGACAUUCCUGAGGAUCCUGCAUAUGCCAGUGUGUGGCGGAUACCACUCCAACAUCGCAUUUGCGGAGCUGCUCCAGGACAUCAACGUCUACACAUCCAGCAAUGGAGAUAUGGUGCGCCAGCCGUCAAACCUACGCUCAUCAGAGCAAUGGGACUGCCGCGCUCCGCUACCACAUUGCAUGGUCAAGCCAUACCAGGCCUGCAGAAACCAAUCAACACUCUGGCGGGACGUGAUGAUCAGACUGGCCAAUUCAGAACCGCGUGUGCAAAGGAAUAUCCAUCAGGGCUGUGCCGUGCACUGGUUGUCACCCUGUUUUCCGGACUUGCACGACGAAUGAAGUCUGAGGGGACUCUCAUUCGGAAUGUGUCUCUGCUCGAAGAGCGAGACAGACAAUGGCUGGACUGCGUCGCCACAGUGUCUGCGAGCAGUUUUUCCAGCGCAUUUUUGCCGGACUAUCAGCCGAAGCGCUGA